AUUGUUUUGUGCAAAAUGGCGACCUUGCAGGGAGAAGAAAGCAAUCGAUGUGUUGACGAUUUAUUCCUCAUUUUUUGUUACGCAGCGCUAUCCAGUACCCCUGGAGUUCAAAUGGGAGCAGUUGCGAGCCCCUUUUCCCCGCCACCCGCCCAGCAACAAGCAACACCCCAGCAGCAACAGCAACCAUCGCAGCAACAGUCACAGACACCUACACCUCAGCCCCAGCAACCACCCGUGACCCCUGCACAGCCACAACCUAAGGGCACCGGCCAGCUCCCAAGCAACAAAGACCUUUCAAGGCAAUUCACCCCAGAGCAAUUACAACGCAUCUUCCAGUUGAAGCAGCAGCAACAGCAACAUCUCAAACAGCAACAAGUGCAACAACAGCAGCAGCAACAGCAGCAGCAACAAGUACAACAACAGCAACAACAGCAGGUGCAGCAACAGCAGCAGCAACAACAACAACAGCAGCAACAGACUCCCACUCCUGCACAACCAAAGGGGAUGUUCCAGCAGCAGCAACAACAGAGGCAACAGCAGCAGCAGCAGCAGUCUGUGGGACCAAAGGGUAACAUUCCCCAUAUGAUGUCUCAAGGGAGUACCUCAGUACCCUCACCUAUGCCAGGCCCGGGCAUCAAUCAACAUCAACCUAACGUCACCAUCACCAGCUCACAGCCUCUCUUCCAUGGCAUGCCAUCUGCCACAAUAGCGACAUCGGGUGGUGCAAGGGCGCCCUCUGGAGCCCUGAUGGCAGUUCAACAGAUCAGUAAGGAAGCAGAAAAGCAGCGCUCACAUACGCAAGGUCAACACAUGAACCAGUUCCCAUCGCAGCAGGCCACACCCCAGCAAUCAGGACCAGUAACUCCAGCCCCAGCUCAGAAGCAGGGUAGCGGCAUGGCAACCCCGCCCACCUUCGGACCCCCAGGAGGGAACCCUGCUAUCCCACAGCCCACCGGCAUGGGGCCAAAUGUUAUGGGGCAGCAGCAGAAUCCGGGAGUCAAUCUUCCAAUCCCACAGCCUACCGGACCUAUGCCUGGACAAAGCAUGAUGCAACAACAACCGGGAGCCGCGAUAGGAGUAGCAACAAGAAUCCCUCAGCAGGUGGGUCCAGGCCAGCCUCAGCAAGGCGCAGUACCAGGACAACCCCAGCAGCAGCAGCAGCCUACACAACAAGUCAUCUGGACGGGCUCUCUAGAAUGGCAUGAUAGGUCGCGGUCACUCCCAAAUGACCAGAAGCAGACGAGAGCGGUCAACUGUCACAUCUUAGCCCAACCUGAUGCUAACUUGAAGACAGACACCUGGCCCAAACAGCUCAUUAUGCAGGUCAUUCCUCACAAGUUCUUGCAACAACUUGGAUCUCUAGUGAAGAACAACAAGACAGUGUUAUUCUCCUUCCCAGACAAAGACAGCGACAUGCAGUCCUACAGGGCUCUCAUCAGGUCUACACAAAAACCAUUUGCCGGUUGUGUGCACUUUCCUACCGAGGGUCCCUCAAGCAUUCGUGUGCUGAUCUUGCUCUACUCCGUACAAAAACUUCAGUUUGUGGGACUGAUACCGAUCGACCAAGCUGCCUUUGUUAAUACCUUCAGAGCCCUAGUCACCAGGCACAAGAAGAAUCAUGAACAGGUGAGCAAAAGAAAAAAAAAUCAGCAGGUUUGCAUUUCAUAUUCUUCAUUUUCAAAGACAAUUCUUCAAGACAAUAAAUAA